AUGUUGGUAACAGAUAAAAGAGCAGAGAGAUCAGAGUCGAAACAUAUGAAGAAAGGAUCUUGCAAGAGUCAUAGACUCACCAAUAUGAUGGAGAAGUGGAGGAAGUGUAAGAAAGGACACUUCUCUGUGUACACCAGAGAAGGCAAAAGGUUUGUUUUGCCGUUGGAUUAUCUGAAACAUCCAAUCUUUCAGGUCUUACUGGAGAUGGCGGAGGAAGAGUUCGGUUCCACAAUUUGUGGCCCUUUAAAGGUUCCUUGCGAUGGAGGUUUGAUGGAUCACAUCCUCAUGUUGCUCAGAAAGAAGAGUUUGUCUAGCCAUGGUGGUGGUGAUGAUGAUGUGAAGAAGAAGAACCAUGAUGUGUCAUGCAAAGAAGCUUCAUCGGUUUCAUAUUUCUUCCCUCUCUUUCGCUGCAACGCAGCCCAUGAUCAGACCAAGCUUCAGUCUCUAGUUUUUUAACACUUUUACGCGUUGAGGAGAGCGCUUUUACAAAAAAAAAGUUAUUCCUGUUUGUAUAUAUAUAGAGAAACAGAGAUUUUGUAUAAGCCUUGCAAGUUUGUAUAUCAAUAUUCAGUUUUGACUGA